AUGGGCCAACCUAAUGACAAGAAGGCUCCUGAGGUAGCCAAUGUCAUGAUAUCUCCGACACAUAGUAUCGGCAAACAUCUAUCUCCUUCGGCAGGUUCUCUCGAAGUCCAGCAACUAUCGCCUCCAGUCUAUCACAUCUUCUCUCGAUCUCGCAAGCUAGAAAUGGUGGUAAUUGUCUCCCUUGCGGCCAUCUUUUCACCAUUGUCCUCCAAUAUCUACUUUCCCGCCCUGGGGGAUAUCUCAAGAGAUCUUCAUACAAGUAUGACCCUAACAACUUUGACCAUCACCAUAUAUAUGAUCGUUCAGGGAAUUGCACCGACCUUUUGGGGUUCCAUAUCAGACACCUCUGGCCGACGACCCGUGUUAAUUGGGACUAUGGUUGUCUAUAUCAUUUCCAACAUUGCCCUAGGUGCAUCUACCAACUACGGCGAGCUUAUGGCAUUCCGUGCCUUGCAGGCUGCUGGCAGCGCCGCUACGAUCUCGAUUGGAGCAGGUGUCAUCGGUGAUAUCACGACGUCGGCGCAACGAGGAAGCUUGGUACGCAUUUUCGGUGGUGUCCGCAUGCUCGGUCAAGGUGUUGGUCCAGUUUUCGGCGGUGUUCUCGCGCAGUAUCUCGGAUUUCGAUCGAUCUUUUGGUUCCUUACGAUUUGCGCCACCGUCAGUCUGUUAACUAUCCUCGUACUACUUCCUGAGACCCUGCGGUCCAUUGCCGGUAACGGAACGGUUCCUCUUCAUGGCCUGCAGAAGCCAUGGCUAUACUAUAUCAUUGGACAGCCAGGUGUUGAAGAGGGCGCCGAGCCAAGGCUCAAAAAGUCCAGGGUGACUCUUCGAACUGGCUUCGCGCCUCUAAACUUCCUGGCAGAGAUUGAUGUGUUUAUUACUCUUUUCUUCGGAAGUAUGGUCACAUCCAGUACCUCUGACCUGUUCGAGCAAACAUACAACUUGAGCACCCUUCAGGUUGGACUCACGUUUCUGGGAAAUGGCCUCGGAUGCAUGUCGGGAUCCUACACCAUCGGCUACCUAAUGGACUACAACCACCAUCUCACCGAGCGCGAAUACUGCGCGAGACAGAACUACCCACUCGACAUGCGAGUUAACCUGAAAACACACCCAGACUUUCCGAUUGAGACCGCGCGUAUGCGUAACACCUGGUGGAUUACGAUUCUGUUUAUCGUGUGUGUCGCGGUCUAUGGUGUUUCGCUGCAUACCCAUCUUGCGGUCCCCAUCAUCCUGCAAUAUAUCAUCGCCUACUGCUCGACUGGCAUCUUGACAAUUAACAGUGCAUUGGUGAUUGAUCUGUACCCAGGGGUUGCGGCUGUACAGCCUAUGGUUGAUGCGCUGGGUCCGGUGUAUACUUUCGUUUUAGUUGCUGGUAUCACUCUGACCCCGUUCCCUUUGCUGUGGGCGGAGAUGAAAAGUUGGGAACCUGAGCUUGUUCAUCGUAAAGAUAAACUUGAGCAGGAGUUCGCGGAGCGAACACAGCCAUGGGCUCAGACUUUUGUUGCACUUAAGGCAGCUCUUCCUGAGAGAAGUAAGUCAGUUCAAGCUGUUACUCUAGGCAAACCCACGGACGGAAAGUUCACCUAUCCCAUCGAGAAGCGCCGCGCCAAGGAAAAUGUGAUAGCCCUGCGUAGGGCGGAAAGGUCUCUAGAUGCCUUCUGGGAAGCCAUUGACCAACAAAUGGUCACUAAGGCCGAUGGCCUGUAUGGCACGGCUGCGCGGAAUCUCCUCUCCCAACCGCGCAUCCUGCAGCGCACUCGGGAGUGGAUCGAGCCAGAAAAGGCCCAGCCUGCCGCACAGAAUAAGGCAGGCCAUGUCGAUCCUUACGUUUUGUACCAACCAGCAUCCAGUGUCUACUCCGGCCUUUCGGCAAGGGCACUGGACGUCUCACAGCCCAAGACCAAGGUCAAAACCCGUGGACCUCCACGUCCUGCCCCCGCACCCGUCAGGGAAGCUGCAGCGCUAGUUCAGCCCGACUCUAUUGAUCGUCAACCCACCUUCCCUGUGGAUGCGCGUGCCCUCAAGGUCUUCCGAGCCCUCUUCUUCAACCCUACAAUGACAUCCACAGCCGGCGAAGUGGCGUGGAAUGACUUUCUGCAUGCCAUGACUUCAGUCGGCUUCAAAGCCAUGAAGCUUUACGGCUCUGUCUGGCAGUUUCAGCCGACCAGGCUGGAUGUUGAAAGGAACAUCCUAUUCCACGAACCCCAUCCACAGGGAAAACUACCGUUCCGAACAGCCCGGCGAUACGGCCGUAGGCUUAGUAAGACUUAUGGCUGGUUUGGAGGGAUGUUUGUCUCAAAACAAGUGAAAUAG